AUGGCGCUCACCCGCUGCCUCCCCAUCCUCCUCCUAGUCGCCAUGACGGCGUCCGCCGGUGCCUCUGAGGACCGAGCCAACUCCUUCGUGGCCAAGUGCUACCCGCCGCCGACGCCCAUGUCGGACGGCGGCAGCGCGUUCCGCGAGAACCUCCUCGACCUCCUGAAAGCCCUCCCCUCCGCUGCAGCGCCGACGGGCUUCGCCUCCCUGCAGACCGGGGGCGUGGCCGUCGCCGACCGCGCGUUGGUUCGCGGCCUCUGCUUCGGCGACUCCGUGCCUAAGCGGUGCCGCCGCUGCCUGUCCAACGCCAGCAAGAAGAUCACCAGGAAAUGCAGCGACGCGAGCCGGCACGCAGGCUUCUGGGACCGGCGCUGCUUCCUGGGCUAUGCAGACGGCGCCAACUCCUCUGCCGGCUUGGACGACGACUUUGGCACGGUGCUCUUCUCCGGCGACGCUAUCCCAAGCCCCGACAUCGUCAGCGUGCAGAGGCUCGUGGCUCUGGCGCAGUCCCUGGCCCUGGCCGCGAAGGGAUCGGUGGCCACCACCGACGCGACCACUCCGUCGAGCAAAGGCGACGCUACAGCUGAAAACCGCACGGUGCAUGUGAUGGGGCAGUGCGCGAGGGACCGCAGCGCGGCUGACUGCGUGGGUUGCCUGCGGGAGGCGUCGCUACUGAUGGCAAAGACCUGGGAGGCUGACGGCGGCGCGCAUGGACGUGUGGCCGCGGUCGUGGGCUCGAACUGCUACCUGCGAUUCCAGAUAUCGACUCCACGGCCGCCCCUGGGAGAGAGGAUCAGGAGGAUCCUGAAGGAUAAUCUCGUGCUUACCGUGUGCGUUGCCGUGACGAUCGUC